GCCAAAUAAAAAGUUAGGCCCGUUGCACGUGUGUUUCUUGUGCGAAAGAUGCAGAAGCGAGAGCUAGGUAAGCAAGGCGGAGGGCCGGGUGGCUCCGGCACUCCGGCGGCGAAGAGAGGCCGCCCUUUCGGAAGCACUAAUAGCAACUUAGCUGCAGCUGCGGCAGCCGACGCGGCAGCUCCAUCGACACUCCUUGGCCCAUCGCUCCAAGUUCACUCCUCUUUCGCUGAUCAAAACAAUAAAAGGAUUGUUCUUGCUCUUCAAAGUGGAUUAAAGAGUGAGCUGACAUGGGCACUAAAUACACUAACUUUACUUUCAUUCAAAGAGAAAGAUGAAGUGCGAAAAGAUGCAACUCCAUUAGCAAAGAUCCCUGGAUUACUUGAUGCUCUUCUCCAAGUUAUAGAUGAUUGGCGUGACAUCACUCUCCCAAAAGAGUUCAUAAAGACACCAAGAACAAGGUCUCUAGGUGUUAACUCCAUUGUUACUGGAUUUGGAAACGAGUUCAAAGCGUUAGGCUCAAAUGAUGUGAACAUAGGGAAUGUUUCAGAGGCAUCAAUGCAGAAAAAGUCAACAAAGUCUCAGCCUGUAGAAUGGUGGCUUUCUGAAGAUGGAUUAUUUAAUUUGGACGAUGAAGGGCGUGCAGAAAAGCAACAAUGUGCAGUUGCUGCUUCAAAUAUUCUCAGAAACUUCUCUUUUAUGCCAGAAAAUGAAGUCAUUAUGGGCCAACAUCGCCAUUGUUUGGAAACAAUCUUUCAGUGUAUUGAAGAUCAUGUUACAGAGGAUGAAGAACUUGUAACAAAUUGUCUAGAGACAAUUGUGAAUUUGGCUCCAUUGAUUGACCUUAGAAUCUUUAGCUCAUCAAAGCCUUCCUACAUCAAAAUGACAGAAAAAAGAGCAGUUCAAGCAAUUAUGGGAAUAUUGGGAUCUUCUGUAAAAGCCUGGCAUUGUGCAGCUGCAGAGUUACUUGGGCGUGUGAUAAUAAACCCUGAUAAUGAACCUUUUCUUCUUCCUUCUGCUCCACAGAUAUACAAACGAUUGGUUGAUCUUUUAAGCUUGCCAGCUGUAGAUGCACAAGCUGCUGCAGUGGGGGCCCUUUAUAACCUUGCAGAAGUCAAUAUGGACUGCAGACUCAAGCUUGCUAGUGAACGAUGGGCAGUUGACCGGUUGCUUAAAGUCAUCAGAGCACCACAUCCAGUUCCAGAAGUGUCAAAGUCGCAACUGCUCGUGGUAUAUGGGGCAUGUAGCAGCUGCCAGCCGCUGUUUUUGCGAAAAUUAAGAUGUGGGAAGCUAUGAGUAAAUGUUGUGAAUCAGUUCUUAAGGUAUUUUAACUUUUAACUUAGAUCAACGCUUCGGAAUUCUAGCUUUGUAGUAGGGUUUUUUUUUUUUUUUUU